GCGAAAGCGGGUAGACACUUCUUGUCACCUUACCUUGCCUAUCUAGAGCCUAUUACCUACCCGUGCGAAGGAAGCCUUGCGGCUUGAGCUACCUUUACUUAUUUGUGCAUGAUUCUCAUAGGCUCGUGCCUACACACAAUCGCCCAAAAUGGUGAACAUUACGGAAAAGAUCAAGGAGAUCGAGGAUGAGAUGAGAAAGACGCAGAAGAACAAGGCGACUGAAUAUCACCUUGGUUUACUGAAGGGAAAACUCGCUCGUCUUCGUGCCCAGCUCCUCGAGCCAGGCCCAGGCUCAGGUGGCGGUCCAGGUGCCGGCUUCGAUGUCAGCAAGUCCGGUGAUGCGCGCAUCUCGCUAGUCGGUUUUCCCUCAGUCGGUAAAUCUACUUUCCUCUCAAAGGUGACCAAGACGCGGUCCGAGGUGGCAGCAUAUUCUUUCACCACUUUGACUGCCAUCCCGGGUGUGCUCGAGUAUGGCGGCGCCGAGAUUCAGCUACUCGAUCUUCCCGGAAUUAUUGAGGGAGCUGCCGAGGGCAAGGGUCGUGGUAGACAGGUCAUUUCGGCCGCCAAGACCUCUGACAUGAUUCUCAUGGUGCUCGAUGCCACCAAAAAGGCUGAACAAAGGGCCUUACUCGAGGCUGAACUCGAGGCCGUCGGCAUCAGACUCAACCGUGAGCCUCCCAACAUCUACCUAAAGCCCAAAAAGGCUGGCGGCAUGAAGAUCAAUUUUGCAUCGCCACCCAAACGCCUGGACGAGAAGAUGGUGUACAACAUUCUGCGAGACUACAAAAUGCUUAACGCAGAAGUUCUCAUCCGAGACGACAACGCCACUGUCGAUGACUUGAUCGACGUCAUUAUGAAGGACCACCGGAAGUAUAUCAAGUGCCUGUAUGUGUACAACAAAAUCGACUCGGUAUCGCUCGACUUCCUCGACAAGCUGGCCCGCGAGCCGCACACUGUCGUCAUGUCAUGUGAACUUGACCUCGGCAUCCAGGAUGUCAUCGACAGAUGCUGGAAGGAGCUUUCCCUAGUCCGCAUCUACACCAAGCGCAAGGGAAUCGACCCCGACUUUAGUGAGGCGUUGAUCGUCCGCAGCAAUAGCACUAUCGAGGACGUGUGCGAUCGCAUCCACCGUACGCUCAAGGAGACCUUCAAGUAUGCACUCGUUUGGGGUGCCAGUGCACGUCACGUUCCUCAGAGAGUCGGUCUCGGCCACCCGGUGGCCGAUGAGGAUGUUGUGUACAUAGUGAGUGGUUACAAGGCCUAAAUAGUUCAUUGUGUGGGUUUUAUAGUACGAGAGCAGCAGCAUAACAAAAAAGCUCGGUGCCAAAAUAACCUUGUCAUGUCUAUCAUACCAGCUGCUGUCGUCAAACGUGAUAUUCGUUACAAAACCCAGUUCC